CUCCUCUUCCUCCCCUCACAUCUGUAUUCAUCCCAUCCAUUCCAUAACCAUGGUUGGUCUUCGAGCCUCUCUCGCAGGCCUACUGGUCCUUGCAACAACUGCCUUUGCAGACAUCACCUUCAAUGUCGUUGGCUAUCCCUCAACUGAUAACGGCAGUUUUGGAGUGUCGGUUGAUGGUAAAAUUACAAAGCUCUCCACCAAUGACACUACCUUCCCUGUCUGGUCUGGUACCGUUCCAGGAACAACCUCUUCAGUGAAUUAUCAAUACGUCGAGCUCAAUGCCGAAGGUACAUCCGUCAAGGCCGAAAACUUCACCCGGACACUUCCUAACAGCAACGACACACACACCUAUAACGAGUUCUUUGAGCGCAAGACUACUAAGUGGACUCUGCCUCAUAUCCCUUAUGUUUACCUCGCAACUUGGCCAUCAUACACUAAGGUCUUCAACGAAGAUGAGAUCGCAACCAUCCACGCGACAGCAGACCCUGCUCAGUUAGCUGCAUUGGAUGCAAAUCCAGAUUCUCCUGAAAUCUUUGUCAAUUUCCGCUGGAUUGACCACCAGAUGAUUUACUCUCAGACCAAUAUCUCAUUCAAGACGUCAGGCAAAUCCUCUAAGGAUUACAAGAAGCAGGCCUACAGGUUUAAAUUUGAAACCGAUAUCGGUCAAUCGUUCUUCUCUCGACCCAACAUCAAACUGCGCUCAGAAGUAACAGACCCAACCAUCAUGCGUGAGAAGAUCUACAUUGAUAUGCUUAAUUCCGUUGGUGUGCCUACGCAGCAGGGCCAAUAUGUGAGACUCUUCGUCAACAAUAAGCCCCGAGGAUUGUAUAUGAUGGUCGAAGAUGUAAAGAAGUCUUUCAUCAAGCAAACUGUUCACGGCGGUGAUGGCAAAAUCCCACUCGGUUCUUUGAUGCAGAAUAGCUCCCCUGCCCGUAAUAACCGAGCAGACCUUAUCUUCAAGGGAACCAACACUUCAGAUUACGACCCUGAAGUUUACGAAAGCAUCAACCUGGGCAACAACCCUCCAACGAACCCCAUGGCACAACUUAUUCAGUUCAUGGCUGACCUUAGGGACUUUGAUCCUGUCAAUACACCUGACCCCGUUGGUUAUUGGAACAACACGCGUUUGGAUCUUGAUGGCUUCCUGCGCAACAUGGCCAUGGAAUACCUCGGAGGCACCUAUGACAACUACUGGAUGGCUGGUUCUAAUUACUUCAUUUACUUUAAUCCUACACUCGGUACUCAAGGAAAAUGGCAGUGGGUCCCUACUGACUUUGAUGGCACGUUCGGUAACCGAUUCCCAACCAACAUCAUCUCGCCAUAUCAAACUGUUUACAGCUUCCAGCCUGAUCAUCCUUUGGUCUCCAAACUGAUCAUCAAGAACAAAGAAAUCAAUGCACUUUUUGAGCAAACACUCAAAGACAUCGUUGGUUGGGCCUAUAACCCAUAUGUCCUGUUCCCCCGUAUUGCAGCCUAUAAUCAGAUGUUAUUGGAAGAUUACACAUGGGACAGGGCAAUUGUUAGAACUGGUCCAGGCAAAGAUACUGGCUUCACAGUCGAAGACUUCCACAAUAACUUGGAAAUAAGGACCAAAGACAUGCAGACAUCACUCAAGGGUUGGAUCGGUGACAUGUCUGCGCUUGUUGCUAAGCAACUCAACAUUCAAUACCAGAACACGACUCAAGACCGUGUACCUCCUCCUCCUAAGCCAACGCCAAAGGGUGAUAAGACAGAUAAAACCCCUUCUAAGGAACCUACGCCUACCGAUACAUCUUCAAAUGCGGCAAUGGCCCAGUUGCCAUCGCAUAGUGCUCUUGUGGCUAUUCUAGUAGCAGCAGUGACCAUGAUGGGCUAUCUGCUCUAAGCAAUCUUGUACCUUUUAGUAUUUGUUUAUAUUACCAUUGAUCAUAUUUAAAUUAAAG